UAUUCAACGCCGUCGCACUCUGGUGUAUCACAUCACAUCUUCUCCUUCUCCCUCGACUUUCAGCGAAUCAGAUUCAUUCCCUUCUUCUCCACUCCCUGCCUCUCUCAUCUUCACCCAAAUCUGUCGUUCUGAUUUAUGCAUACGAUCUAAUUGCGCCGAUCAAUACCAUCUCCGUUUAACAAUAUUACUUUUCGCGUUAAUCAGCGGCGGAUUCUUUAGGUGUUUGAUUCAAUGAUUUGGACGAACUUUGUGAAGUUGAUGUUUCUGAAAGACUUCUGAUGGUGUUGGUUAUUCGGUUGGAAUCGGAACGUUUGCUCAACUGAAGGAUUCGAGGUUUGUCGUUUGGGAUUUUAGUGCUUAUAGAUUGCCGGAGAUUUCUAAAGCACUAUAAAAUUACGAUUCACUGCGUUUAGGUUUGGCAUCUUCUUUCUGGAUUCGACCGGCUGUGAGGAUUUCGAUUUGUGGCUGUGAAAUCAGAUACUGUGUUUGGAGUACCGUAGUAGCCAUUUUCUGGAAUUGGAUUAGUGUUUUGAUUGAAUUUGGCGAAUUUCAGCAAUUUUUAGGCCCUCUGUUUUGCAGUAAUUUGAUUGAUUGGAUAUGGAGUCUCUUCCAGUUGAGGUUGUUGGAAACAUUCUAUCAUGUCUUGGAGCUGCUCGUGAUGUUGUGAUUGCAUCGGCAACUUGCCGGAAAUGGCAUGAGGCUUGGAGGAAUCAUCUCCACACUCUAACAUUUAAUCCCAACGAUUGGCCUUUGUAUCAUGAAUAUUCCACCAGUAGACUGGAAAUAAUUAUCACUCAAACCAUAUUCCAGACCAAAGGACUGCAGUGCCUUUCAAUAAUAAUGGAUGAUGUAGAUGAGUUCUCUGCCGCCCCUGUUAUCGCUUGGCUCAUGUACACUCGUGAAACCAUACGUCAGCUACAUUAUAAUGUGAGAACACAACCUAACAUCAACAUGCUUGAGAAGUGUGGUCGACAGAAGCUUGAAGUAUUGGCUUUAGCACACAAUACAAUUACUGGAGUCGAGCCUAGUUAUCAAAAAUUCCCCAGCUUGAAAUCACUUUCCUUGAGUUAUGUCAGCAUAUCUGCCUUGGAUCUGAGUCUCCUGCUUAAUGCCUGUCCGAAAAUUGAAUACUUGAUCUUGAUCAGUCUAGAUAUUGUCAUGUCUGAUCCACAGGCCACAAUGGAUUUGAGUAGCCACUCAUUAAAGGAUGUUUAUGUUGAGGCAAUCAGUUUGGAUAAGUUUAUAUUGGAGGCUGAUAGCUUAGAAAAGUUGCACUUGAAAGAUUGUACACUUGAAGUCUUUGAGCUUGUUGGUAAAGGGAUGUUGAGAUUUCUAAAGAUCGAUGAUGUUAGUGUCAUCCAUCUUGAUAUUGGCGAGAGUGCCGAAAAUCUGGAGAUUGUUGAUGUGAGCAAUUUUACGAUCAUGUGGGCGAAGUUCCUUCAUAUGAUCUCAAGAUCAUCCAAGUUGAAAAAGCUUCGGUUAUGGGGUGUUGUAUUUGAUGAUGAGGAAGAGUUUGUGGAUGUAGAAACCAUCUCUUCAUGCUUUCCCUUAUUGAGUCAUCUGUCCUUGAAUUAUGAUCUAAGAGAGGCAGCUCUUCAGUAUGGCUUACAAGGACUUCUGGAAAGAUGCCCUCAUCUUAAGAAGUUGGUUAUACAUGGCGUCGUGUCUGAGACCAAAACUCACGAAGAAUGCCACACAUUGGCCAACUUUACUUCAGCUAUUGUGAGACUCAUGAGGAAGUACCUGCAUGUGGAGGUUCAGUUUGAAUAUGAAUAGAGAUAUUUUACGCUAUCCGAGCUUAUCUGUUAUUGGCUACAGAAGCAGGCAAAGAUCCUCACUGCAGAUUUUUCAUUUACUCUGAUCUGGUCUUUCCCGGAUAAUUUUUUGACUGAGAACAGUUGUAUUUUGAUUGAUAUUUUUCUGGACAAGAUCAGGUCAUGUUUGCUUUUAAUGAUGUUUCUUCGCAUCAUUAUUCUUAACCGAAGAAUGAUCUGUUUCUGCAUUCAUGAAGAAGUUUCGCAUACUAUGCUUGUUUGCUUAUUUAUCAAGUUUGUUGUAUACAUGUAUAUGCAUAUGUAUGCUGAUACAUAUGUGUGCAGGGAAAAGUUUCCUUCAUUCUGUUUCAGUUACGCACACUCGAGCCCUUUUACUUUAUGAGGGUCUAUACUCAGUAAUACAUGCUGCAUUUGUAUAUGGAGCCAUUUUAUACACACUAUCCAAUAACUUUAACUAGCUAAUUUUCAUCUUUACAGCUAGAGUAAUAUGGGUCUUUCCAAUUGUGAAUAGCAAUGCAGAUAUACAGGUCCAACUAUCACAUUCUUAUCUUCAAUAAUAAACCAUGAUGUUAAGAGAGAUACACAUUUUAAGGGGUCAAAUUAGUAUCUUUUGCAACUCAGUGAGCCUUUUGUGAAACUGUAUGCUAAAAUGCAGGUAUUUUACACUGGAAAAUAAUAAUGAUAUAACUGUAAGAUUUCUUUUCGAACUUACUUUUAAAUGGUGAAAUCCCAAAAGGUUCCAAUUGUUAAACCAGAAAGAAAAAGCAUAUUCAAAAGGAUAUUUAGUGAAGGUAUCAGUGCCAGCACUGUAACAUAUUUUCUCUAUGCGGCGUUGUUCAUCUAUUAAAUCUAUCUAUUCACCAUCCUCAUUGUAUUGUCAUAUUUUUGGUUUGCUGUCAGUUUUUGGGCUGUAGCCAGAAUCAUGCUGACAUAGCAUGAUAUUUAAUUGUAUAUAUCUACUUAAUCAGUUCUCUGAAUUGCAAGUAUCAGAGGCUAUAAUUCCUGAAUGAGAUUUAUAUGAUGAAACGAGAUAUAAAUGUAAGUGCUUUUUCAUGGAAACUAGUAUUGGAGGAGUAGUAUAUAUUUGAUAUGGCAAGGAGGAUUAGACCUAUCGAUUUAUUAAUCUGUAAGAAACUCAAGAAACAGAGCAGCUGUACUUGCACGUACAGUUGAAGUACUAGGGUUACUCAUGUUAUGCUAGCUAUAAAUAUACACUGUAUCUGCAAGUGUUUGCCUAAUGCCUGUGUGUGUAUCUAGCUAGAAACAGAGAAGCUGUACUUGCAGGUAUCUGCAGUGUCUUCUGAGAUAUUUCACGAAGCUUCAAUGGGUUGAAAGCAGGGAAAUACUCUUUCAUCUGGGAGAAAUGGAAUUCAAGAAAUGUUUAACAUGGAGAUAUAUGCCUGAUAAAGAAGAAUGGACAUUGGAAGCUUUCCAGCGUAGUGAAUCUCCAUUGCAAGCUGUGGCGGACUAUGUCAAGCAUCUAUUUUCUUCAUGUUUUUAUGAAGUAAAUAGUCUGUCUGGUGACAACGGUUAGAGCAUGAAAGGGAUCCAAAAAGUUCUGAACGUUAAAGGUAUGCAACUUUACUCUUGGAUACUCUACUGAGAUCAUAUUUCUUCUACAUUUACCCUUUAUUGCAUAUUCCAUUUACUAAAAACCAUCAAUAUCCUUUCCUGAGGAGAAAAAUUAGAAGUUAUUAUCGAUGUACUUGAAGCAUUUGGGCUAGCGUUAAAGGUUUGCUUUCCUUUGAAGCUGCUCCUCUGCGGGUUUUGUGUUUCAUUAUCAUCUGACAGUGGGAGGGGGAGGGCAUCAUUCUUGAUUUUGAUGCCUUGCAUUGCAUCUCAAAUGCAGGUCAAUGCAUAUAAUUCAGUACAUGUGGUUGAUUCUGUAUCGAUCCUAAUAUUUCUUGACCAGUAUAGAUGAUCGUGUUGCUCAUCAUCUCAAAUCGCAAAGGAAAAAAAAAAGAACGGCGAGCCUUCACCUCUUCAUCCUGAUAAUCAGAGGGGGAAUUUGGCCAACUCUGAGGAUAAGAUCAGUUACAAUUACAUUGAAGGACACACAGCACAAUUUUAAAUUGUCCCAUAUACGUCACAGAUCCUCUCUCUGAAGUUACUUAACCAAAGUGACUAGAGUAGAAAAUCUUGAAUGCUGUAGUACUUAUUCAUAUAGGAUAUGUAGAGACCCCUGUUGCCUUGGAUGAAUGGAGAUGGUACUAUAAAUGAGCUUAUAUACAACAGGCUUCUUUGCCGUGUUCUUGGUAUUGUUGUGCUACAUCCAGGGAUAUUAGAGGUCUGCUAUCUUUUACAUUCAAUCUUAUAUUUAUCACCUCAUCUGUUGCAUUGUUAGUGAGUUCUUGCGAUCAAUAUCAACCAGACAACCAGCUUCUUAAGAUUUAUUUUCCUGUUCCCUUGAAAAGUAAUUUGAGACACUAUUGCUAAUAUCAUCUUCAUGUACAGGAUGAAAUCAUAAUCGGAUGCAAUGUCUAAAUCCUCAGGUAUGCAACUUUCUUAUCUCUCAUCAAAAGAUCAAAGCUCAUUGCAUCAGGACAUAGAUAUGAGAGUGCUAUGGUUUAAUGCUUCCAACUAUUCAUUCUUGUUCUCAACUUUGGUAUCUACAAAAUACGGUUUUCAUCUGAAACCCUUUAUUUAACUUCACAUCAUCACUAGAUUGUUUUGGUUGGGGUUAAAGGGCUUUCGAUAAAUUCUAACUCCGCUGUUAUUACUACCUCUGAUUGUUGCCUCAAGAUAUUGGUUUUUCCAGUCACCAGUAUGUAAGAUCAAGAUACUUGAGACUCAUAAACCGCCGUUUCAAUAGAAUGUAGCUGGCUGUAACUAUUGCCGACUUCUUUAAUUCGCUUAGUUUCUCCAUUGUUUGUUGCUAAUCUUAUAAAUUAAUCCCUUCAAUCACCAAUAGUCUAAGAUGGAAGAGAGUUUAUAUUACUAAACUGCCUUCCUAUACUAUGUAGCUUUCUGUAAUUAUUGUCAGACUUCCUUGAUUCGCUUCAUCUCCAUAUCUGUUGCAAAUCGCAUAACUUAAUGCCUUCAAACAGCAACAUACUUUAGAUCCCUAAACUGCCUUCCUAUACUAAGGUAGCUAGCUUGCUGUUAUUAUCAUCAGACUUAAUUUGCUCAUUUCUCCUUAAUUUGUUCUAAUCUCUGCAUGCGGAGCUGCAGGUAGCUGCUACAGAUGAUGAUUCUAGAUAACCACAUAACUAACCUGAAAAAUGCAGCAGAUGACAUCUUCUCAUCCUCCCUCCAUUCUGGGAAAUCUUCUUGGUGAUAGAUGCAAAAAAUCUAAGUUGAUAUGUUGAGUUCAUUUCUUUGCAAAUCCCUCUACCACGACCUUGUUGUAGAGCUGCCAGGGCACACAGCACGUGAACGGGGAUGAAGAUUGAAACAAUGGAUGUCGAACCCUCUCCUUAUAUAGUUAGGAAUAUCUUGAACACUCUUCUUUUAUAGUUAGAACCUGAAAAUGUCAAAACUAUCAAUAAGUAUUAGUACUAUUCUCCCCUAUAUACAUGUAAAAGUUCAAGUGUAAUACUUACUUCGGCAAAAAAAGAAAACAUAACUUCACCCAAA